AUGUCCUCCCCAUCACCCGUGGAUGCACCGCCCCAUGUGCUCCAACUUUUAUCAAAACUCCAUAAAUUGUCGUUGGAGCAGGAAGCUACCAUCGCUAAAACUGGCAAGGUCUUCUCGGCCACGGUCAUAGGUGACUUCGAGGACAAGCUCCCUGAGAAGGAUGCGACAGCCGAGUUCGACAAGCUGAUGCUCGAUAAAUUUAUUGCUCUCGAUGAGGAUAAAUGUCAGUUUGUAUAUCAAUUAAUCAACGCGAUGGGAGCCACGAAUGUGGUGGAGGCGGGAACCAGUUUCGGCGUCAGCACUAUCUAUCUAGCUCUCGCGGUAGCUAAAACGAAGGCUGCGACAGGAAAGCCCGGUGUGGUCAUCGCCACAGAGAAAGAGCCAGAGAAGGCAAAGAUUGCACGAGUCUACUGGAAGCAAUGUGGCCCCGCGGUGGAGAAUGAGAUUGACUUUCGCGAGGGCGAUCUCCUCGAAACGCUGAAGGAGAACCUGCCAGAGGUCGACUUACUCUUACUGGAUAGUAAGUAUAUCCCGUCCACGUGGUCCUGUGCUUGUUGUUGGGCACCAACUAACCGUCUUCGACUAGUCUGGUCGAAACUUGCCCUCCCAACUCUCAAAACAGUCCAGCCGCAUCUUCGACACGGCGCCGUGGUCCUUACCGACAACACUAUCUCGGGUGCUCAAGGAUAUGCGGACUUGUUGGCUUACCUCAGAGAACCAGGAAAUGGAUUUCGCAAUAUGACUUUGCCAUUCACCAAUGGGCUUGAGAUGAGUGUUUAUCUACCAGAGAACAAAUAA